CUGUUCCAUCCUGUCUGACAACUAUCGGUCGCAAAUUAACAACAGCGCAAAUAGAACGGCGCAUGUUUUCAUUCAUGCGCAGUGAAUUUUCCCAAUUUUCGCUGGUCGAUCGUGGUAUUCCACUUACUUAGUUUUCAGCUGAUCACGCAUUCUAGCGCCGCGUGUCAGUCUCGCGCCUCGUGUCAUGAGAGUAACACUUGCGGCGUAGUGUAAUCUCGUCUGAAGUGUUUCCGUAGUUUGACUUAGCUAGUGCCAGACAAAAUGUUUUCGGGACUUACUAAUCAAGUUAGUUCGUGGAUGGGGGCUGCUAAAGGCGAGCCGCAGGACGAGGAAGUGCCGACCCCGACGAAAGACGCGACCGGAGAGUCUGCCGCCGAGGGCGAGAAACAAAGCCCGUCGAAGGGAGGCAGCAAACUGGACCUGAUCACCAACGUCAAGUCGCAGAUGACCGGCUGGCUGGGCUCGGGCAUCCCCAUUCCGGGGCUGAGGAAAAACGAGGCCCCCCCUGCCGAGGCCGAGGCCGCGCCCGCCGAGCCCGACGCCGCCGAGCCCAAAGCCGAGCCUAAGGACGAUGAUGAUAACUCUAGGUAUAAUAGCGCCACCGGCGGGGCUGACAGCAGACCAGCUUCCACUGGCGGCACCCCCACCGAGGAGCAGCCGGCAGGCGUCGGCAAUGGUGACCAGAACAAAAAAUAUUUCUCAGUUGACGUUAUAGAAGUACCUGACAUGCAAGAGCUGACCACCAAGGCGGUGGCAGGCGCCAAGUCGCUGGGCAACUUCCUGUACUCGGCGGUGAACAAGGCUGGCGCCAAGGUCAGCGAGGCUUCUGCCAAGAUCAAGAAGACCGUCGAGGAAAACAGCAUCCUGGGCGAGUUCAACCGCGAGCAGGACGCGUUCAUCAAGGGGCAGGAAAAGGGCGGAGGCGCCGCCGCCGUCGCGCCCUGGAUCGGAGCACCCAACGAGGCGGCUCUCAAGGAGGAGUGCCUCUCGCUCUCCACUGAUCGGCGAAACUUCGUGCGCGCCCCGCCGGCCGGGGUCGAGUUCGACUUCGACUACGACAAGAUGUACCCGGUGGCUGUCGCCAUCAUGGGCGAGGACCCUAACCUCGAGAAGAUGCGCUUCGAGCUCGUGCCGAAGGUAAUCACGGAGGAGAACUUCUGGCGGAACUACUUCUACCGCCUGUCGCUGAUCUGCCAGGCCAACGAGGCCGACGCCGCCGCCAGCCGCCAGACCAGCGCCGACGACUCCCAGGACGAUAAGUCCUCCAGUGAGAGUGUCGUAGAGAAGGCGAAUACUCAGGAGUCGAUCGACGACGUCAAGCAAAGAAUAAAAUCUUUGAAAGUCGAUAGGGAGAAUGACGACGCUUAAGCGCCGCACGGACAACAGAGAGGCAUCGCAAUCACAAAGCGUCUCAACACCUAUUGUCCGGUUCUAUAUGGUAUCCACGUAGUUUUACUUACGAUUUUACAUGUAAUCAUGCUUUUAAUAUAGACUCAUUUCGAUGGCACAUUUUAUAUAUUAACAGUAUAUUAAUGAGUGUUUCUUUGAUUGUGGAAGUCAUUGUAGCAGGUUUGGACGACAGCAAGUAGCCGGGCGAGUGAGUAGCACAGGAGCGUGGAUAGCUUAUAGAACUGUCGGUACUCGGUCGUACGAGGCUUGCGAUAACAAUGUAUCAUGCGUUGUACCAGCUCUCAUUCUGAAUUGUUUCCAUCUUGACAAAGUAAUGCCACGUCCGUCCGCGUGCUCCGGCCCGGCGCCGCCCGCAGCCGCCUGGCUCGCCGCCGCCUCCAAACCUGCCCCGGUCGUGGCAUUACCUUGUCAGCUCUCUCACCUGUAUCACUGUUAAUCCUCUCACAUUUCUUAUAUUUUCAAACGUUACUAUAAUAUAUGUAAGAUCUACUAUGUUUGCCAUUUGUUUUUAACUUUAAAAGUUUAUAGUCUAUAUCACUAUUGCGUCAUAUCUACAUCGUUGUUGUUAACUCGUGUUUCAUAUACGAUUAAUGAAUGUUAAAUGACAAUAUAGCUUCUUUGUCCCCAAUCGAAGGAUAUAUAUGAUAUGAAAUUGUAUAUAUUUAUAAUUUAUAUAACUGUUGUCUAUCUCUAUCUCUCAGGUCUGUAUUUCAAUAGCUCCGUCUCUGUCGUUACGUUGCGCGUGUGGUCUACAAUGAUCGUUCCCGAGGCUUUCAGUUACGGCUAUUGAAGUAAAGUCCACGAUUGACCUGUACACUCUACAUCUCAAUGGAUAUAUUUUAAUGUCUACUGAAUGUUACAUAUAUGUCUAAGUAUCGAUAAGGUUACAUAACUAUAAAGUCACACAGUUCAUUAUGGUUCGGCUCAGUAGCGUUAAUAAUAAGUACUUCCUAUCUUAUUGUUCAGGUUUUGACAUUGCUACUGGUUCUUGUAUUGUAAACCCCACCCCCCCCCCGCUUCCGUCUGAGUGCCGCCGCUACUGUCUGCAUCCUGUUUGUUUCACUUCGCUUUUAUUUCUCAAAGUUGGUCUUCAUUAUGUUUGUUACGAUUAUUUGAUCUACUUUGUAUUUCGUGCAUCGCGUAGCAAUGUUAAAACUUACCUUUUUGUACAUACCCUGUGUUGUCAGAGCGAACGCCUUCACAGGCACCAGUGUGUGGCGCGCCGAGCCGCGGCCGGCGGCGCCGGCGCGGGGGCGCAGGCCCGGGCCGUCAGCGGCUCGGCGCGCCACCAGCCGCGACAUAUCACUCAUGGGUGACAGUCAAUUAACUCCCACUCGAACUGCCGUUUUAACACCUGCAUUUGGAACCCUGUCGCUGACAACACAUCUCUCCCCGUUUGUUUUGUAAUUAUUUACAACUAGAUUAGGACGUCAAUAUUAUAUUCGAGGACAAGUAUUCCAGUGUUAUAAAAGUUGUGUAGACUUAUAGUUGGUAAUGAAGUAACUCAUCUAUAUAUUGAGCAAGUACCGUAAGGUGAUACUACUGGCCUAGCAGUCGCCGCGAGCUGGUCGCUUCGUACUGUACUCGCUUGCGUGCGCGCGUGCGCACCGCGACUUGUGUCCCCCCCGCCCCCUCUAAGGGGAGACUCUCUCGAUCUAAAUAAUGUGGCUAUCGUGUGUCCGUCACGUGUCAGGCCGGCUGCACUAUAUCUCGCAGACUCCAACACACAAUAUGUUUCCACGCCGACACAGUAAUGAUAUCUGCAUCUCUACAGUAUUCAAUAUCUAAAUGUUUUAAUGGCAUAAUGAAGUGACGUAGUUCCUCGUUAUUUAGUUUAUAAUAAUCUGAUGUAUUAGCGGCAGAGUAGACGUGACACUUUUUAUUGUCAACUUGAACAUUGUUUAGAAAAUUACAACGUAUUAAUAGUUAAUAAUGAAAAUUGGCAUUUAUAGUUAGUUAUUAUGAAUUGAAAUAAUUAUAUUAUUCUAAAAUAAUAUUGGUGUUGUUAUUUGACACUUUAGUAGAAUAGUUUAGUGAUUUGUUGUUCCCUUUUUUGUUUAUUUUAAAUAUUGUACAACUUGAGUACACACCGGCUGAAACGCUAGGAAACACGUUUUAUUAACAAAACUAUAAAGGGAAAGUUUCCACUUGAACUAAUUGACAUGAGAUAAGUAAUUCAUUAUUUAUAAGAAAACAUAAUUUAUGUUUGUUACCAGCACUCAUUAUCACCGGAUGGUUUGAUCACGGGGUGUGUUGUGUGUUAUUCGUAGGUUGUGUACUUGAUAAACAACCGUGACGUACGCAAAUACGGGUGUUUAUGGUGUGGCAAUAUUACGGUUGAUAAGUAAAUCGAAAAAAAAAAAUGCCAAUCUCUGAAAAAAGUUGAAGGUUUUGUCAUAUAAAAUCGAAAGAGUUAGCAAGUUAAUUUAAAUGAAAUCACCCAAUAUGACAUAAAUUUUCGUUUAAUUACGAUUAAUUAACACAAUUAUUUAUUUAUUAACACAGUAAUUACCUAUAUAGGUAACAUAUUUAAUAAACAUCGGCGAAUAUUACGUCCUAUCGGGUGAUUUCAUUUACAUUAGCAGUGAUAAUCCAAAACUUGCAGUCUUUCGAUUUUCUUGAUAAGAAGUAUCUUUUAAUUAGUUAUGCAAUAAUCACAAGAUUAUUCUAUUUUUUUUUUACGGAAA